AUGAACCUUGAAGAUGACGGUUUGGGGACAGAGGACGAUCUGCACCUCCAGGUGUUGCAAAAGAGAGUCUCUCCGGGAGAGGUGCUCCGUGAGCGGGACCCACAGGGACCGGACAGAGGCUGCGCGCUUCGUGCGGGGAGCGACCUCUACAAAUGCAAGCAGUGUGGGAAAGGUUUUAACCGCAAGUGGUACCUCGCGCGGCAUCAGCGGGUCCACACCGGCACAAAGCCCUACGAAUGCAACGCGUGCGGCAAAGCCUUCAGCCAGAGCUCGACCCUGAUCCGGCACUACCUCAUCCACACCGGGGAGAAACCAUACACGUGCCCGGAGUGCGGAAAGGCCUUCAAACGUAGGUCCUACCUCCUGCAGCACCGGCCGGUCCACACCGGGGAGAAGCCCUACGAGUGCGCCCAGUGUCGGAAGGCCUUCGCCCACCGCUCCACUUUCGUCCGGCACAGCCGCACCCACACGGGAGAGAAGCCCUUCGAGUGCAGGGCCUGCGAGCGGUCGUUCGGCAACCGAGCGCACCUGAUCCAGCACUACGUGGUGCACACGGGGCAGAAGCCGUACGAGUGCGCCGAGUGCGGCAAGGCCUUCCGCUGCGGCGCAGAGCUCCUGCAGCACCGGCGCGUGCACACCGGGGAGAGGCCUUUCGCGUGCGCCCAGUGCGGGAAGGCCUUCCACCGCAGCACCUACCUCCUGCAGCACUCGGUCGUCCACGCCGCGGAGGCGCCCCACCGCUGCCCCCAGUGCGGCAAGGCCUUCAACCGCAGGUCACACCUCACAGAGCACCAGCGGGUUCACACUGGGGAGAAGCCCUUUGUGUGCAUCGAGUGCAGGAAGACCUUCAGCCGCAGGUCACACCUCACAGAGCACCGGCGGAUUCACAGCGGAGAGAAGCCGUAUAUGUGCAGCGAAUGCGGAAAGGCCUUUGCCCGCCACUCUGAUUUUAUUCGGCAUAACAGAACCCACACUGGAGAAAAGCCCUUUGAGUGCAAAGAGUGUGGGAAGGCCUUUUGUAACAGCUUUUCUGUAACUCGACACAUGAGGUGUCAUUCUCAGGAGAAGCUCUAUGAGUGCAGCGAGUGCGGAAAGACCUACGGCUACCGCUCGACCCUCGCUACUCAUCAAAAGAUCCACAGUGGAGUAAAAUCCUAUAAGUGUAAGAGAUGUGGGAAGGCCUUUUACCGGAAGACGGGCCUCAGUCAACAUCAGAGAACUCACACUGAGUUCCGAAAGAGACCUUUUUAA